CCUGACGGGAUCUGAAUUCUGGGGCCCAGGUCCGACGCUUCUUCAGUGGGAGUUGAGUUAUACGUGGCACUUUAUUGAAGAGCAUGUCCUCCUGAUAGAGCUAAAGUAGCUCGUACCUGCCGCCCUGAGGAAACAGACGAGAGCCAUCAUCGCCGAGUCACGUCUUGACCCAACUUGACUUGUACAUGAGUGAAUGGAUUUAAGGCAGAAUUCUUGUCUGCUAUUGUCAAUACUGGAAGAACCAGUUGCUGAUUAAAAAAAAACAAACAGCUACUGUUACAGCCUGUCUGUUUGUAGUUGGCAAUGGCCCACGCCGCCAGUAUGCAGUAUGAGCGUGUGGCGGAGAUCGGAGGAGGCGCUUAUGGGACAGUAUAUAAGGCCAGAGACACGGAGAGUGGGCAGUUUGUAGCACUGAAGAGUGUCCGUGUGCAGACGGACAAGAAUGGUUUGCCCAUCUCUACGGUCAGAGAGGUGGCUCUGCUCAAGAGGCUGGAACAGUUUGACCACCCCAAUGUUGUCAGGCUCAUGGAUGUUUGCGCCACCAAGAGGUCAGACCAAGAGACUAAAGUCACUCUGGUUUUUGAACAUGUGGACCAAGAUCUGAAGACUUACCUGGAGAGAGCUCCAGCUCCUGGGUUGUCGUCUGAGUGCAUUAAAGACUUGAUGAGACAGUUGCUGUGUGGUCUGGCUUUCCUUCACUCCAAUCGUGUGAUGCACAGAGACCUGAAACCAGAGAAUAUUCUAGUCACCAGUCAGGGCCAGGUGAAGCUGGCUGACUUUGGACUGGCCAGGAUCUUCAGCUGCCACAUGGCUCUCACUCCUGUGGUGGUGACACUGUGGUACCGUCCUCCAGAGGUUCUGCUUCAGUCCAGUUAUGCUACGCCAGUUGAUAUCUGGAGCACAGGAUGCAUCUUUGCUGAGAUGUUCCGACGCAAACCGUUGUUCUGUGGAGAGUCAGAAGUCGACCAGCUGGGGAAAAUCUUUGAACUCAUCGGCCUGCCGCCUGAGGACGAGUGGCCGAGUGUCACACUGUCGAGGAAGAACUUCCCCCUACUCACACCUCGACCAAUCAAAGAGUUUGUUUCAGGCAUUAGUGAGAAGGGGGCACAGCUACUGUUGAGCAUGCUGACCUUCGACCCCUCUAAACGAAUAUCUUCCCUGAAUGCGCUGGAACAUCCGUAUUUCCAGGAUGAGGAGGCGCUGACUCAGACCAUGAGAUGAAGUGAUGCGGAGCAGCGAGACGUGGCUGCCUCCGAAUGUUGACCUGCGUGGCCUUAAAGGAUUUGAAUUUCAUUCAGUGCUCUGCUAUUCAAGUUUUCUGGGUUCCACUCUGGAAUCUUACUCUGUUACCUUCUACGUCAGAAAAGGAUUUGAGGCCUGAGAGAUGGGAUUAAAACCAGAGAACAGGAGAGACCUGUAGGAUCACUGCCUUUGUUUUCAGAAACGUAAACGUCACAGUUAAUGUCUUGAGAGGCCAGCACCAAUUUGUUUUGUUGUUUUACUUUUGACUUCUGUGUCGUCUUUUGUUGCUUUGUGUACAGUGUUUCAGCAUAGAAAUGCACAAGUGUCACCUUUUGUGGUAAAGUCUGCACAAGGUAGGAAAGUGUCGCCUGUUGGAGGCUCUGAAUCGACAAACGCUGUCGAUGAACUCACUGUUUCAGCCAGAAAUGAACCUUUACCACAUCUGAAAAAGAAUGGCAUCAGAUGUAGCAGAACCAAAAAAAAGAAAAGAAGCAAAAACGCACAAACAUACAAACAAAAAAAACAACCACAGGUCCUGCUCCUGAGAGAAGCUUCUUUUAUGGUGUGACUAAAAAGGUCAAGUGUCGUUUUAUUAUUUCACUGCCAAAAACCAUCGGAAAUCAUCCAGUACUGCAGUUACUCAAUGUUUUUAUCACAUUCCCACUGUUUAUGUAGAACUGUAUAGACGGAAUCCAUGAAAAUGAAUAAAUGUAAGUAUGUGCUGAUGGAAA